AUGAGGGUGAUCAACUGUCUGGUUGUCAUCGCUUUGGCUGCCGCCUGCAGCCUCCAGUGGGCAGCAAACGCCGAAGUGGCUCUUGAAGUGGAUCCUAAUGGGUACAUUGUUUACUGUCCCUGUAUGGGAAGAUUCGGCAAUCAGGCGGAGCAGUUCCUCGGAUCGCUUCAGUUUGCCAAGCACCUCAAUCGGACGCUCAUUUUGCCGCCCUUUAUCGAGUACGUCAAGUACGAGAUCAAGUUCACGCCAUUUGACGAUUACAUCGAUGUUGACCGUCUUCGUGAGUACCACCGCGUCGUCCUCUUCAGGGACUUUAUGGAGCAGCUUGCACCUCAAAUCUGGAAGGAAGAAAAUCGAACCAUCUUCUGCUACGCCUCUCGGGACUUUGGCACCUCCUCCUCUUCCUCUUCCUCCAAGCCACCUGUUAACGGGUGCAAUCCAUUCGAAGGCAGCCCCUUUCGGGAGUUCUGGCGCGGAGUUGGCGUAGCCGAUUUCGCCGGCGGCUCCGUCUUCUACGGUCCACUUCACACCGACUUUACCUUCGCCGGCGAGUGGACGGCCCAGUUCAGCGCCCAGUCCAGGCCGGUGCUCGCCUUUGUAGGCGCCCCAUCGGCCUUUCCGACGAACAGCAAAGCCGUCCAGCUGCAAAAGUACGUCCACUUUUCACGGCGGAUGGUGGAGGCAAGUCGGCGACACCGAGAGCGACUUGGCUUCGCUCGGGCGCCCUACCUGGCGGUGCACAUUCGCCACGGAACCGAUUGGUCCCGAGCCUGCGAGCUGAUCAAGAGCAACGCCGACCUGAAGACGCUCUUCUCCAGCCAGCAGUGCCUGAACGGCGACAACUACGCCCAGUCCGGCCCCCGGGCACCGCCCUUCGUCACCUACGACCUCUGUCUGCCCUCCGCCGAGCAGCUGGUCGCUUCGAUUCGGUACGCCCUGGACGGCCACAACGCCUACCGCCACCCUGAGGCGCCCAUCCAGUACCUCUACAUUGCCACCGACCUGGACAAUCGAGCCCUCUGGACGGCCCUGCACGACCAGCUCAACAGAGAGGGCUUCAAUCUGACGCUGAUCACGCCCAGUGAGACGAUCCACGUCAACGGAACGGUGACCAAACAUCCUCUGAACCUGCCCUCCCCACCUCACUUUAUGGUCGAUCUGCACCUGCUCUCCACUGCCAACGUCUUCCUCGGCAACUGCAUCUCCUCCUUCAGCGCCUUUGCCUCCCGUUACCGACUCUACAAUCUGCACUUUGAGCAGAGCACGCACUUCUUCGCCGUCGAUCGGCCGCUCAAGGUGCGCCGGCUGGCGCACGAUGAGCUGUGA